CCCAACCUCAACACAUGCAGCAGUGGAACCACACACAUUCAUCAUGCAUAAAAGAGUAGUACUAAUUAAUAACAUAUGUCAGUAGUAAAGUGUUGUUAUAAAUAAGACAAGAAUUGUACUAUGAUGAACACAAAGCAAUCAAAGCAAGCUGUGGUUUUCACACAAUAAUAAUCAUCAGUUGACAUAUUAUAUUGGAGAAGAAUAAUUAAGAUGCUGCAUAAAAAUAAUACAAGAGAUAGUAAUGAAUCUGCAGGAGUGGAUGAUGAUGAUCAAGAUUUUCAGAUUGAGGAUCUGCAAGAUUCGACAUCCCGAUCAUCGUCUUCUUCGUCGUGGAAAUAUAUGUUUCGGUUCAAGUUGCUGCGAAAUUACUAUUCUAGACAAGAAGAUUCCAUUAGCACUUAUAGCAAUACUCUUGAUCAAACUAGGAGAGACCAUUCCCAUGGAUUCAUCAUUCAUCCUCAAAACUCUAGGUGGUACAUUGCAUGGACACACUUCAUUCUGAUAUGGGCAGUGUACUCUUCCUUCUUCACCCCACUCGAAUUCGCCUUCUUCCGAGGCCUGCCGGAGAAUCUUUUCCUUCUCAAUAUCGCCGGCCAAUUCACUUUCCUCAUCGACAUUAUCCUCUCAUUCUUCGUCGGGUUUAGAGACCCCCACUCUCACUGCAUGGUCGACGACCGCACCCGCAUCGCCAUUCGGUACCUGAAAUCUCGAUUUCCGGUCGAUCUUCUGGGCUGUUUGCCAUGGGAUGCCAUAUACAAGGCUUGUGGAAGAAAGGAACCGGUGAGGUAUAUGCUGUGGAUUAGGCUAAGCCGGGCGCUUAGGGUUACGGAAUUCUUCGAGAAGCUGGAAAAAGACAUACGUAUCAACUAUCUAUUUACGAGAAUUAUAAAGCUUUUCGUGGUUGAAUUGUACUGUACUCACACUGCAGCUUGCGUAUUUUACUAUCUGGCGACUACUCUGCCUCCGUCGGAGGAAGGCAAUACUUGGAUCGGAAGUUUGCAGUUAGGCGAUUAUAGUUACGAGAAUUUCAGACACAUCGAUCUUUGGACGCGCUAUAUAACCGCAUUGUACUUUGCAGUUGUUACAAUGGCAACCGUUGGUUAUGGUGAAAUUCAUGCUGUAAAUACGAGGGAAAUGAUAUUCGUGAUGGUUUACGUUUCGUUCGACAUGAUUCUUGGUGCUUAUCUACUCGGAAACAUGACGGCUUUAAUCGUCAAAGGAUCGAAAACCGAAAAGUUUAGGGAUAAAAUGGGAGAACUCAUCAAAUACAUGAACAAAAACAAGCUGGGAAAGAACAUUAGCCAAGAGAUCAAAGGGCACGUCCGAUUGCAGUACGAGAGCAGUUACACCGAUGCAGCUGCUCUUCGCGAUCUUCCACUUGCUUUACGAGCCAAGAUAUCGAACAAAUUAUACGAACCUUAUGUUCGAGAAGUUCCUCUUUUCAAAGGUUGCUCGGAUGAGUUCAUCAAGAAAGUAGCGAUCAACGUACACGAAGAGUAUUUUCUUCCCGGGGAAGUGAUUGUCGAAGAAGGGAGUAAUAGUGAUCAUCUUUAUUUUCUUUAUGAUGGUAAACUGGAUGGAGUAAGAAAUCACGAGGAGACUCGGUUAGGACACGUUCCUAGUAUACAAAUUUACAGUUCGAUCGGCGAUGUUUCUGUUCUAUGUGACAUCCCGGAACCUCGUACGGUCCAAACUACCGAACUAUCGAAGCUAUUACGUAUAGACAAGCAAGCUCUUACAGAAAUUAUCGAGACGUACUUUUCUGACGGACGUACCGUAAUCGAUAAUUUGCUUGAGGGAAGAGAGGAUAAUCUUAGGAAUAAAAUAUCGGAAUCUACAAUGGUCGUGCGGAUCGAGAAACGCGAAAUGGAAUCAGCUACGAGGCUGAAUUUUGCUGCUAAUGACGGAGAUUUGCGUGCACUAAGACGUUUAUUCGAAGCGGGAGCUGAUCCGAAUAAGACGGAUUAUAACGGACAAUCGCCUCUGCAUCGUGCUGCAUCAAAUGGCCACGAAGAUAUCGUUCGGUUCCUGAUCGAAAGAAAGGUGGACGUCAAUCUUAGAGAUGAUUCCGGAAAGACGGCCUUGUUUGAAGCAAUUAAGAACGGCCACGAUAGCAUUUCAUCUGCAUUGGCAGAAGCGGGGGCCACAUUAUCAACGGUCGAGAACGCUGGAAAUCUUCUCUGUGAGGCAGUUGCAAGAAAGGAGUUCGGUUUUCUGACGAGGCUUUUGGCCAACGGCAUUAAUCCGAACUCCAAGAAUUACGAUCUUCGAACACCUCUGCAUUUAGCUGCAUCACAAGGCUCUUAUGCAGAGUGUGUUCUACUUGUGGAAACAGGGGCCAGUGUCUUUGCAACAGACAGAUGGGGAAGAACUCCGGUAGACGAAGCUCGUGUAGGGGGAAACCGCGAACUAGUUAAACUACUUGAAGAUGCAAAGCUUAUGCAAAUGUCACAAUUUUCUUGUUGCUAUCAAAAUCAAGAGAAAAUCAUGGACUAAGAGAAAAGUAACGAACAACGCAUGUCGGGAGAACGGUAAUCGAGAAAAGUUGGGUUUAAUUUUAUGUCCUUUUUUUUUGUGUAAUUUUUGGUCUGUUGUUGUGGUCGACACAUUGUGAGUUCUGCAUCUCUAGUGUGUAAAUUAGGCAUUGGUAACGUUUGUUUUUUGAAGCAAAAUAACACUGAAUGGAAGUAGUGGCAUUUUUAAUAAUAGUUUGUAUGUUUCAAAGAU